CCACUGUCAGCACAUACACUUGCACCAUGGACCAUUCAACUGAGCUGUCUCUUUCAGAGGAAAUGGCCCCAGAGGAGUUUGACGGUGGGACAGCAAUAGCUUCUGUGAUCUUGGGUCUGUCCUUCUUGGUAGGAGCUCCGGGGAACCUGCUGGUGAUCUGGACUAUCCUGAGAAACGUUAAGCAACGUUCCCACACUGUGAUGCUCAUCCUGCACUUGGCUGCUGCUGACCUGCUGGUCCUCAUCACCUUGCCUCUAUGGAUCUACUCCCUGGUACACACUUGGGUAUUUGGAGAGGUCUUCUGCGAGGUCUUGGUGUACAUUAUCAAAGUGUGCAUGUUCAGCAGCAUCUUCUUCAUCACCCUUAUGGGUGUGGAGCGCUUUGUGGCCAUCUGUCAUCCAUUUGUGAUGAUGCGCUGGAAGACCAAAAGUGUUAUGAACAAAUGUCUUGCAUUUCUGUGGGUCCUUGCUUUGCUUCUGGGAGUGCCUGCUUUACUGACCCAGCCUUUGGAUGAAAGAGAAGGAACUGAGCAGUGUUUUACCAGGGAAAUCAGCUCUGUGACUCAAGCGAUUAUCUUGUUAUGUCUGCAGACACUGGGGGGCUUUGUAGUUCCUUUUAUCAUCCUUAUCAUCUGUUACUAUCUAGUUGCUGCCCAGCUCAGAAAAAUUAGUUUCAAAUCCAAACAGAAAUCCAUGGUUCUCAUUCACGCCGUGGUAAUCGCCUUCACACUGUGCUGGUUACCUUUCCAUAUCAUCAGCAUUAUCGAUCUGGUUUGCAUCCUAGAAUCAGGCCCAGAACAUGAAUGUGUGCCGAGGAGUAUUGUUUUUGCCUCUGGUGCCCUUGUUUUCAUUAGCAGCUCAGUGAAUCCAGUGUUAUAUGUGCUCUUUGCGAGUAAUUUACAGGGGAGUCUUGAGGAGUCUCGACUGGUCAGGCUGUUUAAGGAAAUGGUAACUCAGACCAACAAACUCAGGGAACAUGUAGUACAGCAGCAGACUGGCCAGGGGGCAGCAAAUACGCAGGUAGAGCUGAAGAGUCUGUCUGAAUCCCUGAAACUGUCUGCCGAUAAUUUUCACAAGUUUAUUUAUGCUCUACUUGCUUGUACAGCAUUUUGGCUUUUGUUUAAUACAGACACCACUGUCAGCACAUACACUUGCACCAUGAACCAUUCGACUGAGCUGUCUUCUUCAGAGGAAAUGGCCCCAGAGGAGUUUGACGGUGGGACAGCAAUAGCUUGUGUGAUUUUGGGUCUGUCCUUCCUGGUAGGAGUUCCAGGGAACCUGCUGGUGAUCUGGACUAUCCUGAGACAUGUCAAGCAACGUUCCCACACUGUGAUGCUCAUCCUGCACUUGGCUGUUGCUGACCUGCUGGUCCUCGUCACUCUGCCUCUAUGGAUCUACUCUCUGGCCAAAUCCUGGGUGUUUGGAGAGGCUUCUUGCAAAACCAUAGUGUACAUCAUCAAUGCCUGUAUGUACAGCAGCGUUUUCCUCAUCACCCUCAUGAGUGUGGAACGCUUUGUGGCCGUGCGCUAUCCCUUUGCCUCAGCUGGCUGGAAGAGGAAAAAGGCUUUGAAUAAAGUUCUGCUACUUUUGUGGACUGUAGCAUUCUUGAUCAGCAUACCUGUCAUCCUAACUCAGGUUUUAGGGGAAGAGUCUGGUGAGUACCAUUGUCUGUACCGGUCCUACACUUCUGAAAGCCAGGAGCUGGUGUGUGUGCUGCUAGAGACACUUGUGGGCUAUGUAUUACCUUUCUCCAUCCUCGUGGUCUGCUAUGGUUGCCUGUGCAGCCGGAUUACUCAGAUGACCUUCAAGUCCAAGCGCAAGUCCACAGUCCUGAUUGCCUGUGUAGUGAUUGUGUUUGCCAUAUGUUGGACUCCCCAUCACAUAGGCAACAUCCUCUCACUCAUCGUCCUGGCCAUUAAAGGCUCCUACCACGACGAAGCAGAAAAUCUGGAGAGUGUCAGGAGCACUACAGUCUUUAUUGCUGGAGCCAUGAUCUUCAUCAGCAGCACUGUUAACCCCAUUCUCUACAUGUUUGCAGCUCGCUCCUUCAGGAGCUCCCUGCGUGACACAGGCAUCCAGAAGCUCUUUCGUCACAUCUCCAGUACCUCCCCAGGUGAGGGCAAUAGGGAAUUGUCUUUUGUGUCCAAGCGACAGACCAAUCAGACCAGCAGUUCUCACUGUCUGUCUGAGUCAAAAGACCAAAUCGACAUAUUAAUGAAAAUGUGUGAAAAUAAUCCAUCCUGAUUUAGAAAAUGUAUGAUUUCUGUGUGUCCAUGUGUAGAUAUUUCUGUGUAUAUUGUAUGUAUUUUUUGAUGAGGCAAAACAAGGCAAUACUUGUCAAACUCUGUAAAUGCCGAUUUUUUUUGCCGUUUUUAAAUGUAAAACAUAUAUUUAUAGAUAUGUUGUGUAGAUAUUAUGAACUUAGAUUUAUGUCAUAUGGUAUUCAUAAACAGUAAAAUAAAUAAUCCCAUAUGUAUUACAUAUUCUGGAAAAACACAUUUUUUUUUACUUUCUUGAUUCAAAAAAGGAAAUUGUAUAGAUUAUGUUAUUGAUCCUCCUUAAGAUUUUUUCUUCUCUUUUUUUUUUACUGUCUGUAAGUGUGGGAACAUGAUUAAACAAAAGCCAGUCGGUUUCCACUCAGUGUUUGUGGCUGUCUGACACUUCAUUUUAUACUUUUACCACAAAGAAAUGUUUCUCACAGCUUUGGCUGAGAACCAAUAACACUUUAAGAACUUGUCAGUGUUGCUGUUUCUGUCUGUUUGGAAACAGUAACAUCUUUGACACAGUCUGAUUGUGUUCGUGACAAAUUAGCUAACCAUUGUCCUGGUAUUCCACUACAGACAACAGUCAUGCUUUCUACUUCUUCUUUCUUCCUACGUAUCUACUGAAAAGAUUGCAAAAUGAAAAACUGCAUGUUUCCUUUAUUGAGCAGCAAAAAGCGGAAUAAUGUCUUCAUGUUUGCCACAGUCGUGAAAAAAACUCAAACCCACACUUCUAAGUCAGAGAGUUCAUGUCAGCUUAUUUACUGAUAUUUUUUUAAGUGCAUGUGUCAGUCAGAACGGUAUAACAUACUCUCAGCACAGCACAUGAUGUUAGCACAUUAUGUUUGUCUGUUACCAUGACCACACAAAAUUUGCUCUCACCAUGUGACACAACCAAUAGAUGGCAGCAGAGCUGUGUAUUAAUAAUGGAGUUUUGACACCAUUUAUUUGAAGGGUCAUACUGAUAAUAAAACAUUUAUUUCACGUG